AUGAGUCGCAAGCGCAAGAGAGACGACUACCCGGGCGACUGGGACGUCGUCGAGGAGACUCAGGACCCCGACAAGUGGCUCCCUCCCAUCGAGAUCGUAGCCGAGACGCAGGACCCAGACGGGGACGAGGAAAUGAAGGGGACGGACAGUGACAAAGAGAUGAAAGAAGUAGUACCGAAGGCAACGAGAACGAAGACGGCUGGUACUCUUCGCAAGAAGGAGAACAAGAAAAGCAAAGUGCUUCGAUCUGUUGUCUGUCGGGUGAACAGGAUUUGCGCAGACAACCGUCUUGUGAAAGAGAUCAAGUGCACUACGCUAGCCAUGAAGCAGAUCCAGAUGGAGACGUGGCACCUGGUCAACCUCCACACACUGCGCUGCCUCGAGCACGAUCUUCCAUUGCCAGACUAUGGCAAAACGUUUUUCGACCAUUGCUGCACGGGUGUGGCCUCCACACAGUUGAAACAGGCUUUGCGAGAGCAACUAGUGGUCAACGUUGACGUGAUGAUUCGAGAACAGUUUCGGAAGCGGUGGAGGGCGUACGUACUGAUCAAGUUCGGGAAGACGGGAGACGGCCUGAGCCCAGUCGAAGAGAAGGCAAGCAAAAGCUCGUCAGGCAGAUCAUGUAUGCUUGCUACAACUAAUAUCAAGAACAAUGGCCUGGCGUUCUACAUUCGGCCGGAAUGGGAGUUCCAGAGCGUCGUGGAAGCUCGUAUGGAGGCCGUUCUAAACGAGAAAGGGACGUUGGCAGGAUUCGUGUCUCGCAUCUGCAAAUGUGGAGAAGGAAAUCUAAUGGAAGACUGGAACAUGCCUCAAGUGAAGAUUUCUAGAUCAUCCUUUGGCGCUAUCCGAUGGACUGUCAUGCGACGAGCAUUUGCGAUUGAUCACUUCGAGACUGUAGCGGAUGAGUCUGUGACGAAGCCAGAAUUCCGGCAGAUGACAGUCGAAGCGAAGUACAACCACGCCAGCCAUCGCUUUGCCAACGAGAUUAAUACCGAUGGAUACAAUCGUCAAUCCUUCAUCGGCCUCGAUCCCGGCAUGCGGUCGGUGUGUACAGCAGCUCGACAACACCUUCGACCUCAGGCUCCUCGUCGACGUAAGCAGAGAAGGGCUUUACGCCUAGGGCAGCGUCCGGGCAGAGAGAUCGUCAGCGUCACCACUCGCGAGUACAGGCAUCUUGCCGGGUUCAACCGCUUCCGCGCUUGGAACGAGAGCCAAAAGAUGAAGUUUCCCGAGUACAAUAAGGUGAUCGACGGUAUGCCUUCAUUCAAGACAGCGAGCUACGAACAGUACCUGGAGCCACUCGAGUACUUUUGGCAACACGCGGCGUACCUCCUACAGUUUUGCAAAGAUCGACCGUACCUGAAGUGGCGCUUCUUCCAGAAGCGUAUGGCUCGGGUUGCAGUGGAUACGCUUGCUAGGCGGAUCGUACCGACUGUGAGUAGGCUCACAUGUGUAGCCUACGGUGAUUGGAGCCGGAGAGAUGGAAUCAAGGGCCACGCUCCGAUCCCGGUCAAGGGGUUGAAAGAGGCACUGCAGAAGCGCGCGACGUGCCCUACUCCAGUCUUCCCCAAAAGCGUCGACAACCCCAAGAGAAAGAAGGUCAAGGGCAAAGUCCUUCCACGUGAUUGGUUCCAGACUGAGAUCCAGUCACGCCACUGCCACGUCGUGCUUCUCUGUGAGAACAAGAUCUGCCAGGCGAUGUACUGGGACCGAGACGUGAACGCCGCCAUCAACAUGCUGGAACUGCUGAAGAGCGAGGUGCAAGGGCGAGGACGAAUGCAGCCGUUCAAACGCUCGUAG